AUGAAUAAGUUUCAUGGUACCAUUCCUCCAUCUUUUGCAAAAGGAAACCCUUUAAGUGUUUUGAAUCUUAAUGAAAAUCAAUUGGGAGGGACAUUGCCAAAAUCUUUGCUCAAUUGUAAAAAUUUGGAAUUGUUAGAUAUUGGAAACAACAAAAUAGAUGGAUCAUUUCCCCAAUGGUUAGAAUCUCUUCCGAUGCUCCAAGUUCUUAUCUUGAGAUCUAAUAGAUUUCAAGGUUCAAUAAGAAAUCCCAAGCUAAAACUUCCCUUUCCAAAAUUGAGAAUUUUCGAUCUCUCUGGAAAUGAAUUUGUUGGGCUUUUGCCAGAAAUAUUUUUUGGGAAACUUUUAAGAAUGGAGGAUGCUAGUUCAAGCUACUUUAACUACAUGGAAGUGUCUGUAGAUUACAAUACUUAUCAAGAUUCUAUGACAGUGGCAAUAAAAGGAUUCAUCUUCGAGUUGGCAAAAAUUCAUAACAUGUUUGUAAUAAUUGAUUUGUCAAGAAAUAACUUCACAGGCAAGAUUCCAAAGUCGAUUGGUAAGCUCAAGUCACUGAAAAGUCUCAAUUUGUCACAUAACAAGCUGACAGGUAAUAUCCCACCAUCAUUAGGAAAUUUGAUCAAUCUAGAAGGGUUAGAUGUCUCCUCUAACAAGCUUACUGGGAAGAUUCCAUGGCAAUUGGCAUCAAAUCUAAAUCAACUCGGGUUUUUAAAUCUUUCUAUGAACCAAUUGGAGGGACGGAUACCUCGUAGCCGACAAUUCGAUACGUUCACAGAAGAUUCAUAUAAUGGAAAUUCAGGUUUGUGUGGUUUUCCAAUAUCUAAAUCAUGCAACGAGGACAUGGCACACCAACCAUCAUCUUCAACGUCUCAACAAGAAGGAGAUGAGGAGCAUGUGAAUGGAUUUGAUUGGAAAAUUGUGUUGAUGGGAUAUGGAAGCGGAAUGGUUAUAGGAAUUUCAGUGGGAUCCAUGGUCCUUAAAGAUAAUAUAAUUGAUGGGCUUGUCAAAAAAAUGAAAGCAAAACAGUGGCAUCUUUUCAGGAAAAGAUCAAAGCGGAAAGUUCGUCAAAAUGGUGGAAUCGGGACAAGACAUUAG